AUGCAGAUCCCAAGCGGCCGUCUCAAUAUUGACACCCGCACUGCUCACACAGGAUACUUUGGACGAACCACAACACACGGGAUGUUCGUCGAUCAGCCGAGCGCUAUUGCAAGUGGACUUACUACAGUCAGCAGCGAUGCUCAGCCGAGUACCAUCGCGAUCAGAGUGCUCGAUAUAACAUCAUCGAUUGGGAUUGACGCGCCAGCAUCAUCGCAAACACCUUCCACAAUAAUGGUGCAUACCAAUCCCAAUCCUUCGACUUCACGCCCGCCAUCCGCAGCGGAAGACACCCUCUCUGCAGGCGCCAUAUUCGCGAUCAUUGUCGGCUCCAUUGUCGGAAUUAUCUUCCCCGUCGUUUUAUUGACACAAUAUAUCAAGCGCGGGAAUCGGAUGAAGGAGGAUAAUAUCGUUCUCGAGGAGAUCUUGGUGACAGAGAUUGCGAACGAGAAAGCGCAGGAUGUAGGAUCACAACAGUUACAGGAGACGUCAGCCAGGAAGGGGGCGGCUGAUCAUUUCAUGGUGCACUUUGAACAACGUGAUCUGGAGGCGAAGGCAGCGAGAGAAAGUGCAAAAUAG